AUGUCGCUAUCAGACGAAGCCGAGGCUCUUGCUGCCAAGCUUGGACCGUCUCAUACUGCAACCCCCAGCUCCGCUGUACUCUCCAAUGCGGGAGCCAAGCUUGAUGAUCUGGAAGCGAAAUUGGGCGCUGAGAAGCCAGAUGCCGAGCAGCAUCCUUCGAGUUCAGGGUCCCCAAAGGUGCCCGAGCCCAAAGCUGCUGACAAGGAGCCUGAGGCAAAGGAAGGGGAACGUACUGCUGAAAAUGAGACUACUCCUGACAAGGACGACAAAACAGAAGAUAAAGAUGCUACUAAUGCUGAUGAAGACGGAGAGAAAAGCCCUGAUGAUAAGAAGCAAGACUCCGAUGCCAAGGAUGAUGAGGAAAAGGCUUCUGAGGCUAGUGGUGAAGACAAGAAGAAUGAUGAUUCGAAGGAAAAGGGUAAAGAGGAUGAAUCAAAAGAAGAAGAUACCAAGGAGAAAGAUCCAAAAGGCGGUGAUGAUGAUUCGAAAGAUAAGGCUGAUACGACAGACCCUGAUAAGUCUGAUAACAAGGAGCAGAAGAAGGAUGAUAACGACAAGAAUGUUGACAUCCCUCUCCCACCAUCUCCCAAGAGUCUCGGUGUCGACGACUACCUUGCUUCACCACCUGAAAAGGCUAGCACUUUUCAGGAAACGGACAGACCAUGGGAAGCAGAUGGAUAUGCUGCUACAAGUGGCCUAGAUUCGUUUGCCCAGACACAUGAGGCCUCUUCGCUGGGAGAAGUAGAAUGGCUCGAGAUUCUUGAAAAUUGCAAUGCCAUGUAUGGUUGGUGCAUCGAUGGGCCGAUGAAGCAAAUUGUUCGGGCUCCCAAGCCAGCCUUUCAACUGAGAGCAGUCCCGCCACCAGAGAAACUCUUGAAUGGCGAUGCGACACCCCCAUCUGGGAACAAUGAUGGCAAUAAAAACGCAUCAGAUGGAAGUACAGGAGGAUCUAGCAUAUCAUCGUCUUCUCCAACAUCUUCUACCUCGUCAUCACCAAGUGCCUCGCCUCCAACAAAGCCUCGUGCAGCCAACCCAGUCGGUACUGCCUCUGCUACUCCCGAGUCUUCAGUCAAAGGCAAAGCUGAUGCCAAAGCUGCUCCAUCCUCACCCACGCCAGUCCCCGCGCCAAAGAAAGCUGCCACUAAGCCUGCUGCAACGUCACAGCCUGCAAAGUCGGGCGCAACUAAGCGCCCACCUCAAGCCUCAAAGCCCAAAAGAGUGCUGCCUGACUUUAGCGUCAACGACAACUCCCGAAUCGAUAUUGUCAUCAGCUCGCAUGAGUUCCAGACCAGUAUGGCAACCAAUGACUUCAGUGCCUCUUCGACGUCUGCAUCCCUCGGAGGGAGUUACGGGCCUGUUGCUGCUAGCGUGAGCUACUCGACGGACAGCAUGCACAGUUCAUCAACUUCGGACACAUCUGACACUUAUCACAAGACCAUGAUUGCGAAAUAUUUGUUCCCUCGAGUUGACCUGAAUCUUGACUUAUGCCUGGAACCAACCGAAGGCCUCAAGCAGGCUAUCGCCAAGGUCGAAGCCACGAAGGACAUCAAGGAUUUACGUCAAUUACGUCGUGACUAUGGAUAUUUGUUCUGCAAAUCCAUCACCAUUGGUGGCCGUCUUCUGACACAGGCACUUAUGGAUCAGUCUUUGACGACCUCGGAGCAGGAGCAAAAGCAAUCACUGAAGACAUCUGUCGGUCUCUCUGUGUCGUCUCCCAAGGCAUCGGGAUCAGUCAGCCACACACAAGAGUCCGGUUCUGAUAACUCAAAGUCGCAGGCUCAGUCUGAUAAGUCCGAGUCACAUACCUUCGAAGCCAUGGGCGGUGACAGUUUAUUGGCCACUAAUCCGAUCGCCUGGAUACCAACGGUUGGAAGCUACAAGAACUGGCGUAUCAUCAAUCGCGACGGCCUGAUCCUGAUGGCCGAUAUGAUCUCUGGACUGAGCGGUUUCGAACACACCAGAUCCUGGUUCGACCAAGCCGUUCCGACCCUCAGCAAGUACAUCGAGUUCUCAGACAAACUUGUCAAGAAGAUACGUCUUAGACUCAUGUCACCCAAUCACGACCUAUGUCUGUCGUGUAAGAAGGGAUCUGAGGACCCAGACUUCGCCACUCCACCAAACUACUAUUUCGGACACAGGCCAUUGUCAACCGUGAUGCCGCUAGCUAUGGAGCUUGAACAUCCCGAUAUUACAUGGGGCCGCAUCAAGAUGCCCAAGGGCAAACCUGAGUUUCUCUUCAGUCCUGGAAGUUAUCGCGCUCCAGCCAUCUACGGAUACGCCUCCAAUAAGGUUGGAGACAAUUUAUACGGGACUAUAUACGACGAUGAGUAUAGAAGUACAGUUUGGAACAUCACGUCGCCAUAUGACGACGCGCUGUGUCAUGAGUCACGGGUAAUCAUCCAAACUGUAUCGCCUGGAAAUAACUCCCCUGCAAAGAUUACCGGAGACUCAGGCAAUAACACGCUGUCAAUAUCUCCUUCUGCUCCAAUGAUCUCUUCACUUAUAGUCUUCCGCAAUCAGCAAGGUGUCUUUGUGCCCGCCAUGUCAGACAGCAAGGAUAUCCAUGUCUGGCGCGUCUUGAAGACUGGGGCUGCUCCUGGCGACAAGGUCAACAUCGCAGAAGGAGAUCAGAUUCAGCUCGCGUGGUGCUACCAGGACCAAUACUGCGGCUAUCGAGACUUUACUGAUGACGCGUUUGGACGCCGCCGAAACAGUCCUCCACCAGAGUCCAAGAGUUCGACACUGUAUAUGAGAUUACCGUGGCCGCGCUUUGAACCUGUGGAGAGUCUCCCUGAUCAGGCCGAGCCUUUACCAAAUGCCCUCAUGAUGAGCGAAGUGCCAACGCCACCAGAUAACCCAAACAGUAUCCUGCAUGAGCAGAUUACUGUCAUUAAAGAUCACAAGCACGCCGCAAAAGACAUUCUCGUCGAAGAUUGCAUAUUUCGGCUCGAUAUAGUCAAGCACCACGGCCGUGGAGAUGUCGAUGACUACCUGCUGCGAGGAGUGAGUCAACAAGCAACCUUCCCGGAUGUCAUCAAAAGAGAAGCACUCGAGAAGCAAGUGGAAGAGGAGGAAAAGGAACGGAGAGAACGAGAAGAAGCAGAGAAAAGAGCCAAGGAGGAGGAGGAACGAGAAAGUAAGAGUGCUGGUGAAGUCUUGAUGAAUGCUGUGUUUCCGGUUACAAUGCUAUUUUAG